GACCAACUUUUUGCACAAUUUCGACGGCUCGUGUUUGCGGUAGGCAAAAAACCAAGAAAGCGGCAACAAAUAAAAUUAGUUGAAUAUAAAUAAUAAUACAAACAAAAACAUAAUGACUGCUGUGCCGCCACCCGCAAACAUAUCCACACUGAUGCCAUUGGAGCUUGUGGACAAAUGCAUUGGCUCCAGGAUUCAUAUUAUUAUGAAGAAUGACAAAGAAAUGGUUGGCACAUUGCUGGGAUUUGAUGAUUUUGUCAAUAUGCUGCUCGACGAUGUCACAGAGUAUGAGAACACACCCGACGGCCGAAGGGUAACCAAAUUGGAUCAGAUUCUCCUCAAUGGCAAUAAUAUAACAAUGUUGGUGCCUGGCGGCGAUUUGGCCGAAUGAAAUUUUCUCAUAUAUUUCCCAAUUAAACAUUCUUUCUUUAUAAACAAAUUAAAAA